AUGACAACUCCCAACCCGUUCCUUCUUGCAGCCGACAACAACCCCACGUUGCUGCCCCUCCUCAGGAAGAAGCCAGCACUGGCGUCAUCGCAAGAUGAACACGGCUAUUCUCUAGUUCACGCCGCUGCCAGUUACAACCAUCUUGAUCUUCUGCGAACCCUUAUACGCGAGUUUAGCGUGGAUGUGGACCUAAAAGACGAAGACAACGAGACCGCUUUGUUUGUUGUCGAAACCCAGGAUGCUGCUCAAGUUCUUGUCGAAGAACUUGGUGCGAACGUCGGUCACCGAGGGUUGGAAGGGUUGACAGCUAGAGAAAAAAUUGAAGCGGAAGGUGACUUUCCUGCGGUUGCGCAAUACCUAUUGAAGAUUGAAGCUAAGCAAGCCGACGAUCCCGCUUCGACUGUAGCGGCUGUUAUGCCUGAAGUUAUCCCCCCGCCUCCAGAGGGUAUGAAGGUUACAGUUGGUACGAUGGAUGAAGUGACGGAUAUUCCUGAAGAAAUUGACCAAGAUUUCCGAAGGAGAAUUGAGGAGCUGGCCCAGCGCGACGAUUUUAAUUCACCUCAAGGCCAAGCUGAGCUACGAAGGUUGAUUGAAGACGCUGUCCUAGGCGAGGGCGGCGUCGGUGACGAACGCAACGUACGAUCAAAGCAGGACUAG